UAAUGACGUCUAAUAAUAAUAACGGCAAAAGUGCAUGUGAGAUUGGUACUUUAGAAAUGCCACCCCUUGAGGGGCUCUUUACCGCCGUAGCUGCCUUUCAACAGAAUUAUGGACAGAUUCAUCCCUAUCUGGCUGUUGGCCUUUGUAUUGCCGGUACUAUAAUGAACUUAGUGACAGUUUUGGUGCUAACCAGGCCAUCUAUGCGUUCCCCAGUCAACGUUCUUUUAUGCGCAGUGGCUUGUUGCGAUAUACUCGUUGAAGUCUCUUACCUCAUUUUUGUUUUACAUUUUUUAUUGGCUUCAGCAGAUCGUUGUGAACCUUCAGAUUUUAGUUGGUGCUGGGCUGUUUUUAUGAUGUUUCAUGCACAUGCUUCUGUUAUUUUUCACGCUGCAAGUAUUUGGAUGCUUGUAGUUAUGGCUCAACUAAGAGUUUUAACUAUUAGAAGAGCCACGAAAGGGCCAACAACUCCAUUAAUAACAGAACGCUUUACUGCAUUAAUUGCUUUACUCACAACCAUUACAAUGACAAUUGUAAAUAUUCCAAAUUUUUUGACAUUUGAGAUAAUGGAAGAACAAGCAAGCGUUAUUCUUCCAUGUUGGCAACCUUCUACUAAUUAUUUAACGACUGUGCCUUCAAAUUAUAAUACUGGCAUUGAAGGAUUUAUAAAUAUUACUUCACCAAUAAAUAAUACAAAUAAAAUUAGAAGACAUAGACUAAAACGUUUUCAACGAGAACUACCAACUUUAAUUGGAAAUGACCAUUAUAAUAAUUUAACUAAAACGACACAACCUCCCACAAUUUUUAAUAAUGAACCAAUAGUUUAUACAGUUCGUCCACACGAAAGUGAUUGUAUGAAUCUUAAAUUAGCUUUUUGGACAAACGGAAUUUUAUUUAAAGUAAUUCCCUGUAUUUUACUUACAUUUUCUAUUGCUGCUUUACUAAGAAUUAUUGCGGAUGUUGCACAUAAAAGAAAGAAUCUGGCACAAGUUAUGCGCAAAAAAGUUCCAAAAGAUCAUACAACUCCAAUGCUUGCUGCAAUUUUAACAAUUUUUCUUUUGGCUGAAUUACCUCAAGGUCUUUUACACGUUUUGAAUGGAAUAUUUUCUUCUGAGUCUUUUCAUAAACGUGUGUAUUUGCCUUUGGGUGAUUUAAUGGAUCUUCUUUCUCUCUUAAAUUCGGCUGUUGGAUUUUUAAUUUAUGUUGGAAUGUCAAGGAAAUUUCGAACAGUUUUCCUGCAAAUACUCUUUUCAGUUUUGCAUUUUAUAUUGAGGUAA